UCUCCACCUAUAAAAGCACCAAAUUCAAAACUUAAAACAACUCCAACCAACAAAACAUCGCUUCACACUUCUCUCCAAUAUUCGUGAUGGGUCUCUACCUCGCUUUGUUUUCUCUUCACGACGCCUAUUACCCGUCUCUUCUGUUGCCGCUUCUGAUUAUUUCAACGGUCUUGCUCGUCAAAUGCGCUAAGAAGAAGAAAGCGAAACAGGCCAACGCAAUGACUGUGAAAGCGAAACGACCUCCUCCAAGGAUUCAAGAAGAAAAACCAAGAAAGGAAGGCGUUGCCGCUGUCAAGGACUAUCAAACAUUGGGCAAUCUGGAUGCAAAUAUCUUCCUAAAAGAGCAAAAGAAAAAGGGUGGCGGCGGCAAGACGCCUGAGGCUAAAGACAAAACAGCGGUCGAGAAAACGAAGGAAGGAGCUGAUAAAAAGGAUGAUUCUAAGGACAAAAAGGAUCCUAAGGCUGACAAAACCGAAGCAGCGGGGAAGGAUGGAGACAAACAACCUGAAAAAACGGCUAUGGUCAAAACCCAAACGCCUCCUGUCCCAGCGGAUAAGAAGGAAGCGCCUGCUGCUGCAACAGACAAACCACCGGCGGCUGAGAAACCGGCGGAUGACAAAAAGGAAAAGGGAGGAGAGGAGGAAAAGAAGUCGAAUGCGCCGCCGCCGCCGCCGCCGCCUGCUGCUGUUGCUGAAGAUCAAGGAGGAGAUAACUAUGAGACGUUGAAUGAACUUGAGAACCCUAAAUAAAUUGUAGAU